AUGGCGUCGUUUGCUAGGCCCUUGAAGGACGCCUUCGCUGUGCUCGGUGCAACUUCCUCUUCAGGUCAUCGAUUUCUUGCUGUAAAGCCCUAUUAUCGUCCCGCUUUUGGGCUGCAUGGCCUUUCCUCUCGAAUGGCUUCUACUCGUAUGGGAGGAAUGGAUUCGAGUAUUCCAAGGGACACAUCUUUCACUAAUCUUUUAGAAGAUAGUUAUGAUGAAUAUAUGUCAGGAUCUUCACGUAUAAGUGGUGAAGAUAGUGUUCCACAAGCUCAAGCAUUUAGCCAAAUGUCUCCACCCCAAGUUGAAUCCACAACUAAGAAACUACAAUGUGGCAGCAACUUCACCAUACAAGAAGACGUGCUUCUUGUGUCCGCAUUUCUCAAUGUCAACCAAGAUGCAAUGCAAAGCACUAACCAAAAACGCACAACAUAUUGGUCAAGAAUUUGGGAGUAUUACCACCAAUGGAAGACCUUCACUUCUGAGCGUAAAGAGAGUUCUCUAACGAACCGAUGGUCAACGAUUCAACUUUGCACCAAUAAGUUUUGUGGGUGUUUGGCACAAAUUGAAUCAAAGAAUGAAAGUGGUAAGACUAAUGAAGACAAGCAAAAGAGCUCUAUCAAGUAUUGCAGCAUACCAAAUUUCAAUAUGAACAUUGUUGGAAUUUAUUAA